AGUCAUAUAUUUAGUGAUUGUUGCAUAUGUAUGUGUGCUCACGCACACACCCACCGCGCUAACUUACGAAUACACGUCAGUACGCUAACAGCAAGCAGUUGUUUCACUUGUCUCACCCCCACGUAUCUAUCACUGGCGACGACUACCCACAUAGCAAAAAAGAUAAAAUAACGGAAAAUGUCUGGUGCUACGAGUACUUUCGGCUUAUUGUCUUCGUUCGACCACACUACCCAGUCUUGGGAGACGUACAAAGGACGUAUUGCGCAGUGGUUCAUCGCGAACGAUAUCGACGACACCAAAGAUGCCGGGGGACAAAAGAGACGAGCGAUCCUCCUUAGCGCACUCAGUGACGGCACGUACAAGCUCGCGGCGGACCUUGCGUUACCGAAGGAGCUGCAGACCGUGCCAUACGAAGAUAUCGUCAAGCUGCUGGACGGCCACUUCACUCCGAAACGCUGUGGAUUCGGCGAACGAUACAAAUUUUACGCGGCUACGCAGCAGUCGGGGGAGACAUUUCCACAAUGGGCGGCACGGUUGCGCGGGUUAUCGGCGCACUGUGGUUUUAAAAAUGUGGAAGAAUCUCUUCGCGACAAGUUCGUCAUGGGAAUGUUAUCCGGGCCGGAGAAGGAGAAGCUCUUUGCGCGGGACCUUACGGUGCUCACUCUCGCCAAGGCCGUGGAGGCAAAUGGUAAAUUUAAGUGGUGCCGAGGCACAAUUGUCAAAAAAGUUGGUAAAGUUGUUUAUAUAGUAAAAGACAAUAUAACUUCAAAAACAUUUAAAAAGCACAAAAACCAAAUUGUGUUAGAUAAAGGGCACGAUUGCGCUUACCCUAGUUAUUGGGAUGAAGACAUAGAAUUCCGGGACGAUGACACAUCAUCGCCCCGCCCGCCUACGCCGAGCGAGGAACUGCAGCCUAGCACGGGGGAGGAAGGAGAACGGACAGUGGUUCUAGAUCCACACCCUGCAUCAUCAGAGCUUCCCGAGCCAAUCAGCACGCCACAGGGGUCCAUACCUGGAGGUCAGUCCGAAGAAGAUGACGAAUUCCUGGAGGCCCUGCCUGGUCCGUUUCAAAACAAGAAACUAAACCUUGACCUGACAACUCCGGCUGCGGAGUGCACCGCGCCCCCCGCCCCCGCUCUGUCAGCGCGCGCGCAACGAGCGACGAGGCGGGCGGCGCGAUCAGUGCACGAGUUGCAGCCGCCGCGAGCACUCGAGCCUGAGGAAGGACCCCCGACGGGCCCGAAACAUGUCGCCAAUAGCGACUAA